AUGUCUUCAUUAACCUCCGCCCUCUUCUCCCCCAUCCGCGUAGGCAACCUGAACUUGCAACACCGCGUCGUCCUUUCCCCACUUACCCGUCUACGCGCACACGCAGAUCACGUCCCAAGCCCACACGCAUCGGCGUACUACUCUCAGCGAGGGUCAACCCCUGGCACUCUUCUUGUCACAGAGGCCACUUACAUAUCCCAGAAAGCUGGCGGUCAUAGACAUGCCCCUGGAAUAUACACCGACGCCCACUUGGAAGGAUGGAAGAAGGUAACGGACGCAGUCCACGAGAAAGGAUCUUUCAUCUUCCUUCAACUCUGGGCACUCGGCCGCCUCGCAGAUCCAGCUGUUCUCGCCACAGAGAACAACAGUCCCUACGUUGGCGUCUCACCUAUUCCACUCGCGGGAAAACCAGAUGCAGAAGUGCCACGCGAACUCACCACGGAUGAAAUCAAGGAGUAUGUUGCCGCUUACGUCGCAGCCGCCAAAAACGCCAUUAGAGCUGGCUUCGAUGGUGUUGAAGUUCAUGGUGCGAAUGGCUUCUUGAUCGACCAGUUCAUGCAAGACGUCACAAACCACCGCACGGAUGAAUAUGGCGGAAGCAUCGAGAACCGCGCAAGGUUUGCACUCGAAGUUACAGCUGCCGUCGUAGAGGCUGUUGGUGCUGAGAGGACGGGGUUCCGAAUGAGUCCAUGGGGCAAAGUCGUCGGUAUGGGCAUGGCGGACCCAAAACCCCAGUUCUCCUACGUCGUCGAGCAGCUUCGCAAGCACAACCUCGCGUACCUCCACGUCGUAGAGCCAAUGCCUGAGGAAAGGACUGCUGGAAUCAACAGCGAUUUCCUCCGUGAUAUCUGGCAAGGGGUUGAAGGGAGCACCUUCAUCAGCACAAACGGGCAUACCCGGGAGAGCGCAAUUGAGACGGCAGACAACAAAGGUGGCCUCAUUGGAUUUGGGAGGCUGUUUAUGCCAAACCCCGAUCUUCCAUUCCGCCUGCUAAAGGACAUCGCGCUUGCGGAGGGUGACCAAAAAACGUGGUACAUACCCGGUAAUCUGACAGCGGCAGGCUACUCGGACUGGCCCUUCUCGCCUGAGAACGAUCAGAACCAGAUAAGCAAAGUCUAG